GUGACGAGAAAGCGACGGUGGCUUUAUUACGCUGGGUCUGUCUGCUCCAUGACUUUAACUCUGCCAGAUAGCAUGCGGCUCCCAGCCUCCCCAUUGGCUGAGGCUGCCACCAAUCAGAGCACUGGCAUGUAAGGUGCCUUUAGGUUAUACCCAGCCCCAAAAAACAAGAAGCAGUGAGAGAGAGAAGGAGACGGAGAGCGAGCGAGCGAGCGGCAGGCGGACAGGCACUGGCUUGACACCGCUUCUCAGACAUUUCUGGUAUGGGCUGUCUCUCUGAAGGGGUCCCGCUGAGCACACUUAGCCUGCCGGGUUUCUGAUGCCGCUGCGAGGGUUUUUUGAAACAGCCGCGUCUUUCUGUGCGGACUGAGACCGCCUCGCACCGCCAGCACCUCUGCGUCCCGCACGCUUCUCUCCACGGACCUCGACCCCCCCGCCUCACCGGACUGCGACCCCCCCGCGUCGCCGGACCUCGACCCCCAGCGGUCACGCUGACCGCUCAUCCUCCUCUGAACCCGCACCUCCUCAGCUGGGGGGGGGGAGAGAGGGGGCACAGGAGCCAGCGGUGAGCGCUGAACCCCGGCAGAGCCUCAGCCCCACGUCCCCUCGGGCUGGUGGAUGUUCCGGAUAAAGGAGCGCACCGAACACACCUGGGACUCCCUCCUCCCGGGAGACAGAAGAGGACUCGGGACAGCAGGGCUCGGGACAGCAGGGCUGCCGACGGGACUCUGAAAGGCGAGGAAGAGGAAGCGAAGGUCACCGGAUGAUUUUGGGUAGCAUAAACCGGGCGGGGACGAUCCCCGCCUUCCUGCGGACGCCCGCCGUCCUCCAGCCGCACCUGGACAUGAAGCCCUUCCUGCAGUUCCCGCUGGAGUCGCCGCCGCCCCCCGCCGUCGGGCUCUUCCACAACUUCAGCGCGAUGGACCCGGUGCAGAAAGCCGUUAUUAACCACACGUUCGGCAUUCCGCUGGUCAAGCAGAAACGCCCGGUCAUCUCCUGCAACGUCUGCCAAAUCCGCUUCAACUCCCAGAGCCAGGCAGAGGCCCACUACAAGGGCAACCGCCAUGCCCGGAGGGUAAAGGGCAUCGAGACCUCCAAGACCCGCCCCCAAGAUGGCGACAAGCUCCCCCCAGCGCCCACGGCCUCUCCCUCUCCCGCGGGACCCCUGCCGGUGACCCCUGACCCUGACCCGGGCAAGCCAGAAGAUACCCCGCCCGUCCCGCUGAUGAACGGGAUCCCAUUGGCCACAGCCGCCUUCCCUGUCCCCGCCUCCUCGGCGCCCGACGUCCCCCUGCUCCCUGCCUCGCCCCUCGCUCCUCCCUCCACCUCCCUGCUGCCCGCCUCCUCUUCCUCAUCCCCCGCCCCCGGCCGCAGCACCCCCCACCCCGAUCAGCCGGCCCCGGGGGCCCUGGCCGCGCCCUCCCCGGCCCCCAGCCCGGCCGAGUCCGAGGAGGACAAGGCCAAGAAGCUGCUGUACUGCUCGCUGUGCAAAGUGGCCGUCAACUCCCUGUCCCAGCUGGAGGCCCACAACAAAGGUACCAAACACAAAACUAUUCUGGAGGCGAGGAGCGGACUGGGCCCCAUCAAGGCCUACCCCCGUCUGGGCCCCAAGCCCAGCCCGGAGCAGGGGGGGGCCCCGGGGGACCCCAACACUCAGGAACGCACCUUCCACUGUGAGAUCUGCAACGUUCGAGUCAACUCCGAGCUGCAGCUCAAACAGCACAUAUCCAGCCGAAGGCACAGAGACGGCGUCGCGGGGAAGCCCAACCCACUGCUGAGCCGGCACAAGAAGCGCAUGGACCUGGCGUCCACGCUAUCCUUCUCCAAGGACCUGCCGAAAGCGCUUGGGGCGGGGCUACUCCCCAGCCCCCUGGCUGUUGCCGCAGCGAUGGCUGCCGCAGCGUCCUCCAGCCCGCUGGCUCUCCGCUCGGCUGGCCCCGCCCAUCCGCACGCCCACCUGCUCCAGGGCCCGCCCCUCAGCCAUGCCCUCCUGAGGCCAGCCCCUGGGCCCAUCCGCACCACCCACGGGCCCAUCCUCUUCUCCCCCUACUGACGAAUUGCCCCCCCCCAACCCCCACCCCACUGCCCAAACCCCGUCCUCCCAGCCAAUCAGGAGCAGCGCUUCCCGAAAGCACACUGUGAAGACGCGGCAUGAUUGAUUGAUUGAUUAGCCAAUAAAAAUGAACGCACAGUGGAGAAAUGCAUUAAGGAAGAAGAACAGAAUGAAAAAGGAGAACCACGCCCCCCCCACCCCUCCCCCCACCUACCCUGAGCUGCCAAACUCUCCGGAACUUUCUGAGGGACUGACUGACAGCAGGAGCGUAGGGAGGCAGGGGUAGGUGCAAUAUAAGAUUCAGCUGGGCGCCCUGUACGUCUCUGUCAUCCUCCCUGAGAUCUUCACCGUAACAACGUAGCAGAAUAAAUGUAGACAUAUAUCUGAAUGAGACGUGUUCCCCUGUAGAGCCUGUGGCCACAUGCGCAGACUGCUGACCGCUCGGCAUUCUCUCACAGUGCAGUGCGUUUAGGCCGACGCCCUGUGGGCCCAUCUCCGCUUGAGCUCGCCCUUCCCCCCGUCCCACGCCGGUGGGAGACUGUCCUCGAUGUUAGCAAGGUAGCCGCUUCAAAGUCACAUGACAUCCCUGUGCCCUCCACCUAGCUUCGGUCUGUUUCUUAACGGUAGAACCGGUUAGCUUUACUGUGAACCUCCUGAUCCUGGUUGUGGACACGCAACUGACCAAUCAGUGUGAGACAAAAAAAAACAAAAAAAACAUUCUAAGUACCAGAUGAACAUUACUGUUGGUGAUUAGUCCGUAGCUAUAUAACCAUGCAGCCACACAUUUCCAUAAGCUGAAGGAGGUGUGUGCAUGUGUGUGCUAGGGGAGGGGUGGGGGUGAGGGGUGGGGUAAAUAACUGAAACCCUCCCUAAAUAAUAAGGGGGAGGGACAGAGGGCGGCGCUUUCAGGACGCGGAACAUAGAGACUCUCACUGUGUAUGGACAGAGGACUCCAGAGAGAGACCAAGAGAUUAUUGUGAGAUCGGCGUAAACUAUUUGAAAAAAACAAAAAGUCUGGAAUAAAUCUCCUUGCCUUGAAAUUAGAGACAGUGGACAGAAAGCUUGUCUCAGAUUAGCCCUUAGGAUCUUUGACAAACAAACAAAAAUUAAACUCUCAAGUUCUGGUAGUUACAGAAGAAACAGGCAAUCUAUAGAAGAAACAGGCAAUCAAUAAAGAGUACCGACAUGGCCUA